GUUAAUCAGUUAGCUGGAGUAUUUCAAUAGGAGAAGUACCUUACUAUAAGUAGCAGUGGAUCGGAGCAGCACUAUGGGUUGGCAAUGUCUCCGCCGCUUUCUUCCGCCUUGUCCUAGCGAUUCCUUUUACGAACAACUUAACCACCGCAACACAGCCGCCGCCGCCGCACCGUCAUGUCGGUGAGCAACAACAUCACGUCGAUCCUCAAUUUUCUGGCCUUCAUGUGCUCAAUCCCGAUCACCGCCGCCGGGAUCUGGCUGGCGCUGAAGCCCGGAAACGAGUGCAUCCACUGGCUCCGGUGGCCGAUCCUCGCAAUCGGCGCCGCCAUCCUGCUCGUCUCGCUAGCCGGAUUCUGCGGCGCACACCGGAAGAAAGGAGGGGCUUCUCGGCGUCUACCUUGUCUGUAUGGCCCUGCUCAUCGUCCUUGUUCUGUUUGUUCUGGUUUUCGCGUUUGUCGUCACGCGCCCUAGCGGCGCGUACGGUGUUGGGCCUGGGUACCCGGAAUACCGGCUGGACGGGUACUCUUCCUGGCUGAGAAAUCAUUUCACCGGUGCGGAUAAUUGGGGGAAAAUUAGGGCGUGUUUGGCUGCUGGGAAAAUUUGCCCCAAACUUAGUGAUCAGCAUUUCACAGCCGAUCAGUUCUUUGCUGCUCACCUCUCUCCUCUUCAGUCAGGUUGUUGCAAGCCCCCAAGCACGUGUGGGUACCAAUACGUGACCGCAACGGCGUGGAUCAAUCCGACCAAUGCCGCAUCCGACCCGGACUGCUCGGCCUGGAACAACGACCCGACCCAACUAUGUUACAACUGCGAUUCUUGCAAGGCCGGGCUUCUGGGAAACCUCAGACAAGAAUGGAGGAAAGCCAACAUGAUCUUGAUUGUUGUCGUCGUCGUCGUCGUGGUUCUGAUAUUUGUUUAUGUCAUUGCUUGUAGUGCCUACAAAAAUGCCCAAACCGAAGAGGUAUUUCGCCGUUACAAAUGGGGCUGGACUUUAUUUGGUUCACAUUGCAAAUAAAACAUAUAAUGAUGAUCAUAUUAUGUAUGUACUCUUUUGGUGUAACAUAUCUUCCCUUUCAUGCCCUAUUUCUCUAAAGAGAUCAUAUGUAUACACAUUGUAUAUAAGUCUCUAUUUGGGAAUAGCAUUUUUAACUAGAUUUUUCUAUGUAAAUUAAUCUUCAAAAUGUUACUUUUAGGUAGCCUUUUCAUAACAUUCAAAACUAAUUAGAUGGUAAUGUUGAUGCCAAACAUGUACAUUAGGUAUUUGUGUUAUUAAAGUAUGGGUCGUGGA